ACCAGUUCUUCCUAGUCUUGUUCUAGUUCUUGUUUCGGUCUGAAUACCAUUACCUGUCAACAACCUGCACCACAAGUUGCCUCUAUUUCCAUCGGCUCCGCCCUUUCAUAACAGUCACGCUGGGCAUCUUCGAUGACCCCUCAGACAUGCUCCCGAAUCGCGUGGCGUAGACGAGAUGGAUAGCUUCACGAUUUUUUUUUCUACAGGUAGCUUUCAUAACAGAAGCUGCAAUGGAGGAUCAAAAGGAUACGCCAGUACAGAAGAACACAAAUCGGCCUCCUACUCCAGUUCCUGACGCAGACGAUGGGAUAAACAAAGUGCUUGACGCAACCAUCAAGGAACGCCAGAAGAAGCCUAGAACAGCAGCUCAACUGGAGGCUUUGAAGCGAGCGCAACAGAAACGCGCGGAGAACCUGCGGAAGCUCACCAAGAUGAAAAAAGAGCAGGAAACGGAGGAGGCUAAGCGUCGCGAGUUAGAGGAGAAGGAAGCUGAGAAGGAACGAGCAAGGAAGAUCAUCGAGAAGUACGAGCGAGAAAAGGAGAAAGCCAAAUUGAAAGCCAAGGAAGAGAGGGCCGCUAGGAAGGCGGAGCGGCAUCAAAUGGCAGGUGUGGAGCCAAAACAAACAGCAGCCAAGAAGAAGCCAAUCGCGGCGGCACAACCCCAACAACGCGCGGCGAGUCCAGAGCUGCCGGAUGAUCUGGCCUACAGUAGCGAGGAUGAAGCCACGACCGUCUCGGUUCCAACAGCUCAAUCAAUUCCAGUUGACGAGUUCAUGGGGAUCUUCGGGAUGCGCUGGAGGUAA